AGGCGGCAGCCAACCUCGGCACUGAAUGGGCGGGUGGCGUCCCGCUCCGUCCCGCCCGCCCCGCCGCCGGGGGCCCCCCCAUCGGCUGCUCCCGCCGCGCCCGGGUCUCCGCCCGCAGCCGCCUGAGCCCGCCGGGCUGUGAAUGAAAGGCAGGCGCGGCCAGGACUAGCUGCCAGCGACGCGGCGACGCCGGCCUCCCGGGAGGCGCGCUCCCCGCCGAGAUGUACGGUGUGUGUGGCUGCUGCGGCGCCCUUCGUCCCAGGUACAAGAGGCUGGUGGACAAUAUCUUCCCUGAAGAUCCUGAGGAUGGUCUGGUGAAGACCAACAUGGAGAAACUGACCUUCUAUGCCCUCUCAGCUCCAGAAAAGCUGGAUCGAAUUGGUGCCUACCUCUCGGAGAGGCUCAUCCGAGAUGUGGGUCGCCAUCGAUAUGGGUACGUGUGCAUCGCCAUGGAGGCGCUGGACCAGCUGCUCAUGGCCUGCCACUGCCAGAGCAUCAACCUCUUCGUGGAAAGCUUCCUUAAAAUGGUGGCCAAGCUGCUGGAGUCGGAGAAGCCGAACCUGCAGAUCCUCGGCACCAACUCGUUUGUGAAGUUCGCCAACAUUGAAGAGGACACGCCCUCCUAUCAUCGGAGCUAUGACUUCUUUGUGUCCCGAUUCAGUGAAAUGUGCCACUCUAGCCACGAUGACUUGGAAAUCAAGACGAAAAUCCGGAUGUCGGGUAUCAAAGGCCUGCAAGGGGUGGUGAGAAAGACGGUGAAUGAUGAGCUACAGGCCAACAUCUGGGACCCACAGCACAUGGACAAGAUCGUCCCGUCGCUGCUUUUCAAUCUGCAGCACGUGGAAGAGGCAGAGAGCCGGUCUCCCUCGCCCCUCCAAGCACCAGAGAAGGAAAAGGAGAACCCAGCAGAGCUGGCUGAGAGGUGCCUGAGAGAGCUGCUGGGCCGGGCAGCCUUCGGCAAUAUCAAGAACGCCAUCAAGCCGGUUCUUAUCCACCUGGAUAACCAUUCUCUUUGGGAGCCCAAGGUGUUUGCCACCCGUUGCUUUAAAAUCAUCAUGUACUCAAUUCAGCCGCAGCACUCCCACCUGGUUAUCCAGCAGCUCCUGAGCCACCUGGACGCCAACAGCCGCAGCGCGGCGACUGUGCGCGCCGGCAUCGUGGAAGUCCUAUCGGAAGCUGCAGUCAUCGCUGCCACGGGCUCUGUCGGGCCCACCGUACUGGAGAUGUUCAACACCCUGCUGCGGCAGCUGCGGCUCAGCAUCGACUAUGCUCUAACCGGGAGCUACGACGGCGCCGUGAGCCUGGGCUCCAAGAUCAUCAAGGAGCACGAGGAGCGCAUGUUCCAGGAGGCGGUCAUCAAAACCAUCGGCUCCUUUGCCAGCACAUUGCCGACUUACCAGCGCUCAGAGGUGAUCCUCUUCAUCAUGAGCAAAGUCCCGCUGCCUUCCCUGCAUCACCCGGUGGAGACCGGACGCACAGGGGAGAAUAGGAACCGGCUGACCCAGAUCAUGUUGCUGAAGUCCCUCCUUCAGGUAUCCACAGGUUUCCAGUGCAACAACAUGAUGUCAGCCCUGCCCAGCAACUUCCUGGACCGCCUUCUCUCCACUGCCCUCAUGGAAGAUGCGGAAAUCCGACUCUUCGUCCUAGAGAUUCUCAUCAGCUUCAUUGAUCGUCAUGGCAACCGCCACAAAUUCUCUACCAUCAGCACCCUUGGUGACAUCUCGGUCCUGAAGCUGAAAGUGGACAAGUGCUCGCGGCAGGACACGGUCUUCAUGAAGAAGCACUCCCAGCAGCUAUACAGGCACAUCUACCUGAGCUGCAAGGAGGAGACGAACAUCCAGAAGCACUACGAGGCUCUCUACGGCCUGCUGGCUCUCAUCAGCAUUGAGCUGGCCAAUGAGGAGGUGGUGGUGGACCUCAUCCGACUGGUGCUGGCUGUUCAGGACGUGGCCCAGGUCAACGAAGAGAACCUGCCUACCUAUAACCGCUGUGCGCUCUAUGCUCUGGGUGCGGCCUACCUGAACCUCAUCAGUCAGCUCACCACGGUGCCUGCCUUCUGCCAGCACAUCCACGAGGUCAUAGAGACCAGGAAGAAAGAGGCACCAUACAUGCUUCCUGAGGAUGUGUUUGUGGAAAGGCCCAGGCUGUCUCAGAAUCUAGAUGGUGUGGUGAUCGAGUUUCUCUUCCGCCAGAGCAAAAUCAGUGAAGUCCUGGGAGGCAGCGGCUACAAUUCCGACAGGCUCUGCCUGCCUUACAUCCCUCAGCUCACAGACGAAGAUCGCUUGUCCAAGAGGAAGAGCAUUGGAGAGACCAUUUCCCUUCAGGUAGAGGUGGAGUCCAGGAACAGCCCAGAGAAAGAGGAGCGAGUUCCUGCAGAAGAGAUCACCUAUGAGACACUGAAGAAAGCCAUUGUGGACAGUGUGGCAGUUGAGGAACAAGAGCGUGAGCGGCGGCGACAGGUGGUAGAGAAAUUCCAGAAGGCACCCUUUGAGGAAAUUGCAGCCCACUGUGGAGCCCGGGCAUCACUGCUGCAGAGCAAACUCAACCAGAUCUUUGAAAUCACCAUCCGGCCUCCUCCAAGCCCUUCGGGAACCAUCAGCGCAGCCUACGGCCAGCCGCAGAACCACUCCAUCCCUGUCUAUGAGAUGAAGUUUCCCGAUCUGUGUGUAUACUGAAUUCCAGGAGACAGAGCUCCUUAGAGGACACAGUCUGUGGGAGAACCACCCUCCUGUUCACGCUCACCAUGUGGAGAUGUAGCUGGGAUAGCUAAGAACUAGUCACCUUGGACACUGAGCAAAGCCGGAGCCUCUGGUCCUCAGUGGCCCUCCUGCCUUUUCCUUGUCUUCCGUGAGGAUCCAGCCACCUGCCCUCUGGGCUGAUAAGCAUCUCACCUGUCUUCUCUUGUAUCAGCGAGGGCCAGAGAAUCACAAGGAUGUCUCCAUUGAGAAGCAGAAGGGCCUGGGAAGCUUCCAUUGGGGAUGUGUCUAUGAGGGAGUGUCAGGUACUCCCAAAGAUCAGGCACCUGAAAUCAGCAUGGUUGGUCAAAGGACGACAUAGAUGGCACUUGGGGAAACUGAGGAAAUCCCCCAUACCCCACUCCCCACAUAAAGAAGUGACAGUGUGAGAGCUCAGAGGUGAUGUCUGAUCUCACCUCUUAAGUCUUGGGUGUCUUACCCAGUGUCCUGUUUGCUUUCUAGUUGUCUGCAUUUCUUUUUCUAUUGUUAAUGGACGUUGAACACUUAUAGCCAGAGCUGGGGACAGAGUCACUGGAGGCAGCGAGGCUAGCAGCAGAGCAGCAGGCUGGGCAUGAAGGGAGGCUGGGUCUCCCAGACUGGGUGGCAGUGUCAGCAAAGCACAGGUGUGGCAAGUCUGUGUCCUGGCUGCGUCGCAUCUCCUCACGGUCUCUGUCCAGAGGAUGCCUGUGGUGGAUCCUCUCUGGUUCUCUCUCUCCUGGAUGUGUCCUGGGUUGUUAAGUUUGGUCCCUGAUGUCUUUGUUUCCACAGCCUCUGGGAUGAGAGAAAGCCAAGCGAGCUAGCUGGUCCUAGAUGGCUAGAGAGAGGGGAGGAAGUACCAGGACCCCAGGCCUGUCCGCACCACUUCCCAUGGAAGAUGCUCCCAGCAGUAUGAGGGGUUGAGAGAGAGGCCAUUGAGCAAGUGACACUUUAGAAUUCGGGGAAAGAAAGAUUUAACAGCUAGGUUUGAAAACAUAUUUUCCCUCUCUGGGCAAAAUCUGAGACACUGGGGACAAUCGGCCUUGCUUGUAGCCUGGGUAGAAGUGGUAGGAAUCACUUUGGCUUCCAUUUUCCCUAUGUGCCACCUCUCUGUCCCUAUGUGACUUGUGUGUCCUGGGAGUAGCUGACCCAGGAUUUGGUGAGUACAAAAAAGACCACUUGCUGUCCUUUUGGUUUGACCCUUUCCUGAUGCCCUCUUGGUGUCUCCGUGCCUCCCAGAAUGCCUAGCAGUGGGAGCUAGGAUUUCCAGGGUAAUCCUUUCUUUCCCUUUCAAACUUCCCAUACGUUCUUCUGAGCUGUUUUUCUCUCAGGACCAACAUGGCUCCAGAGAUUUUGCUCCUUAGAAAGGGGAAGUGGUCCUAUUGACCUGUAGGAAUCAUUUCUAGGGUGUGGUUUUAGGCAAUGUGGCCUGGGGUCAUAAAGGAGCCAUUUCUGCCAAGGAGAAGUUAGGCUUCUCAGUACCCUGCAUGGUGACAGCCUGCUCACUAGGACAAGAGGACAUUUUCCAGAAUCAGGAGAACUGGAGCACAUUCCAUUGCAGAUGUGAUAAGUAUCACAGAUGGGGCCCUCCUGACCCUUUCCCCAGAGUUUCCCAUUUGUAGUACAACUCUUUCCCAUGGUUCCUGCCCUGAGCAUCAGGCUCACAGCUCCCGCAUGGCCUGCAUGACCUCAGGCCCCUGAGGACAACAUCCCAACACCACUCACGUGGCUUUGGAGCUGUGUGGCUGCCGCUCAGCCCAACUUUAUAAGCAUGGCCUUAGGUUUCUCCUCGAUAUCCCUUUACUAAGAAGGCAAGUUUAGGCACAAAGGCAAGUAACAUAUUAGAAACUAGGAAAAUCUAAUCCUUGUGCUAGAAACCGUCCUUCUUCACUUGCCGGCCACAUCUUUUAGCCCAUGCUUGGCUUGAAUAAGAGUUCCUUAAUUUCUUUGCUGUUCCUAACUGGCAUCAUUGUCUACCCCUGAGGUACCUCAACUGUAGCUGUGGAUUGGGAGAGACUCCAGUCUGCAGGCUCAACUGCUGCUCCAUCAUCAUCUCUCUCUCUUUUUGUUUUUUCCCAGAGACAGGGUUUCUCUGUGUAGCCCUGGCUGUCCUGGAACUCACUCUGUAGACCAGGCUGGCCUCAAACUCAGAAAUCUGCCUGCCUCUGCCUCCCAAGUACUGGUGUCCGCCGCCACCACCGCCCGGCCUUCUCUGUCUUUCUUAUUCUUCACACCAUGGUGGUGUACCAUGGACAUGCUGCUUUUAGAGAGAUGGCCUCUUCUGUGCCCUCUUUUUGGUAGAAUUGAUUUAAAUUUACAUCCAAUAGGAUACUGAACCCUGUUGACAGGAAAUAGAACCUGAUCUUGGCCAAGUAUGCUCAGAGUCAGGAAGUCUAGAUGGUGAUCACAGGAGGAUCUGUCCCUCCAUCACAAGGCUGGGAAGAGAGGCAAAAGCACAGUGGGUGGAAGCAAGAGGAGGAGCCCAAUGCCUUCCUUACUGCUCUGGCCCCUGGUGUCUGAUCGCACUGUCUGGAGCCGUGUUCUGUUGUCUUUCCCUGUUGUAAACCAGAAUCAAAUGGAGUGGGUAAACCUAUCAAGGCCAGCCAGUCCCCACCCCACCCCCACGAUCAAAGCACCCAGGAUUCCGGCUUCUUCGGCAAGGGGCAGGACUAGAGAGGGUGGCAUCCUGCUGACAGAAUCUAGUAGGCAUGACUGUGUUUGAGGUCUAGAAGUUAACGUGGUUGAUCAUAAAAACCAGAAAAAGUAAAUUAAGAGAAAAUACCUGUUCCAGAAGCAGCUGCAGUUUCCCCUGUGCUGAACCUGUUUCUUGUUUUUACUUCAAAGACUAAAAUAAAUGGCUCCACGUCUCCUAAAUGGCCUCAUCAGAAAACCUAGAAAUGUCCCCUGUCUGGCUCCCACCUUCACACAAAGCCAGAGAAUAUAGGCCUGGGACCAAGGACCCUGGUCAGAGCGGCCGUAACCUGUCUGCUGCCUGUGCACAGGCUGUUCCUGGUCCAACUGAUGCAGUUCAGCUGGAGUAGGAUUUGGAAAAGCCCUAAGACUCUUGACUUCUUGGAAAGAAGCUCCAGACUUUUUGAGGGUCCUUGGGUCAUGGUGCCUUCCAGUUGUCCUUUUGCUGUCAUAGGCCUGCCAACCUGCUUAGUUGACAUAGCAGAGAAAGCUGCUAAGCCCUGUGGCUUAGCUGUGUUUGGGGCCUGGGGGAAAGGCAAGGCCUGAGCUGUGGGUCUAAACUUUGUGUUUAAAAGCAGACUUGGAGGGGCUGGAGAGAUGGCUCAGUGGGUAAGAACACCGACUAUUCUUCCAAAAGGUCAUGAGUUCAAAUCCUAGCACCCACAUGGUGGCUCGCAACCAUCCGAAAAGAGAAAAGACAUCUGAUGCUUUCUUCUGGUGUCUGAAGACAGUUACAGUGUACUCACAUAUAAUAAAUAAAUAAAUCUUUUAAAAAUCAGAUUUGGAGGUAGGGGAGGGGUGUAUCAGGCAGGCUGUGUCUGCAUUCUUUGACUUCUCUGGCAAGCAAAUUGCACCAAAGCAAGAAUCCUGUCCUCUGAAUGGGGGGUGGGGGGGAAAGUUCAGGGGAAACAGUAUAACCCAAGCUGGGUCUAGUCUAAAAACUGCAAAGGGGAAUCAUGGGAGGCCCUGUUGUUGAUUCUAGGUACCUGGAGAGUGAUAAGGAAAACAUCAUGGGUCUGUUGACUGCCCUUUGGCCCCAGCCUGGCUCCUUCUGGGAGCACGGGAAUCCCAAGCCCAGCACUUACCCUUUUGGAACUCUUAGCAGCUGGAGUCUGGCACGUGGAGUCUAAAGUGCACACCCAGAGAUGCUGCAGUCCUUCUAUCUCAGUGUGUCUGAGUUUUUUAAAACUUUCAUGACCUAGCUGAGUGUGUGUAUGUGUCUAGGUCCGUGCAUGUGUGUAAUGUAGUUUAUAGUUGCCAACGUUGUGUAUAUAAUAGCAGACAUAUUUAUAUGUGAGUGCAGAAUUGGCAUUGUGGCAGUUUUCUGUGUUUUAAACUUGUUGAAUCAAAUUAGUUUUCCUUCCAGGGAAGCGGGGGUGGGAUGAGGGGAGCGUAUUCUAAAGUCAUUCUUUAGAACUCUUAGCUGUGGUUGAUGCCCUUUUCAAAUAAAUGUUAAUGUUGUCACCA